GCUGCCCCGUGCGGCUCCUCGCUGUGUCACCGGCCGUGUCACUUCCCCCGGGCCGGUUAAACAUUGACAGGGCGGGGGCAGGAGGGGCCAUCCCUGCGUGUCACAGUGCCAGGCACGGCCUGCGCCGAGCCACAGCCCGGACAGUGUCCCCAGCACCCCAGGGACCUCCCUUGGAUCACGCUGGGAUCGCAGCGACAGCCGGACCUGUGGCACAGGGACAGCGUGGGGACAGCUCGGCGCCGGGGAUGUGAUCCAGGUCACACAGAGUCAUAGGACCCAAGUCAUUCCCAAGUUUCCCCACAAGUUCUGCCCUUCAGCUUCUCCUCAAGCAUGCAGUGACCACUGGUGGCUUCCUGCCUCAGGGACCAGGAGAGAAUGCUCCAAUGGAGAGCUUCCAGAAAUGCAUUUUCCUUCCCCUCAUCCUGAGUGCCUGGCUGCCAGGCCUGGGCUUUUGCUACUCCAUCACCAAAGGCCCUGAGAACGCCACAGUCCUGGCUGGCUCCGAGGCUCGCUUCAACUGCACCGUGUCUGCAGGAUGGAAAGUCAUCAUCUGGCUCUCCAAGGGCAGUCCUGUCCUCACUGUCACCAGCUCCCAGGGCUCCCUGGAGACCACAGAGCGCUUCACCUCCCACAACUACACCAGUGGGGACCAGUUCACCUCGGAGCUGAUCAUCCACAACACCCAGCUGAGCGACUCUGGCAGGGUGGAGUGCAGCAUCCAGCAGCCCAGCGACAACAACUUUGCCUUUCUCUCUGUGCAAGUUAAUGGAUCUUUACUCAUCAAAAAUAGCACCUUAACAGUAAAAGAGAACCAGACAGUUGAGAUUGUUUGCGAAGCCUUGGGAUGGGCUCCGGCUCCAGACAUUGCCUGGAUGAGAAAUGACUCUCUGCUUGAUAAGUCGAGCUUUGUUACCCACCAGAGCCCAGGAUCCCAUGGCCUCCACAAUGCCCUGAGCACCCUGACUCUGACUCCGAGGGACACGGAGCUUUUGACUUGUUUAGCUGACAUAGAAGCACUCCCCAGCCCUCAGACUGCGACUGUAACUCUUAUUUUUGACAACUCUGCCACGGAAAAUGCUUACAGUGAAGACAACAGCAGCACGUGGGUUGUUGUGGUUGCAGUUGUGUUCUCAUUCCUUGGUAUUGUUCUCCUGAUCGUUGUUGUUGUGGUUGCUGUGCGCUGCUGCCUGAAGAGGAGAGGAUCUACUUAUCAAAAUGAAAUAAGAAAAGUUUCAGCUGAGAAGAAAAAAGAUGGUGAUUUGGAAAACAGUCACAGGAGUGGCAGUGAAAAUCUGGGAUACAUUCCAGAGGAAUUGUGGAACACAGAACAAAGCCCAAGGCUUGCCUCUCUUUCCCCAAAGUCUUCAAAGUUUGCUGGCCCUGAUGACAAUUUGCACAUCAGUUCUGUACCAAAGGUGCGACCUCAAAGACGAACUGAUUAUCUGAUGAGCCCAAAAAAAAUCAGGAAUGUGACACUCGUGUAGGAUGAAAAGUUAAAACCAGUUCUCUCUGUUUAAGUUAUAAGUUCUUUUGUUUUUUGUUUUUUUUUUUUUUUUCAUACAGUGAAAUAAAAUUGCAACCUUUAUAACACAGCAUGUGAUAUCACAGCAAAAUAAUGUGGACAUAAAUGACAUAAGUAGACUGCCAUAGUUUCCAAGACAAUGAGUUUCAUGGGACUGGGGAAGAAGAAUCUGUGCUUUGGGUCCCAAGGAAAUCAGCAAAACUCCUGUCAGACAGGAAUGUUAUGUUACAGCAAGAUCAAGGACUGGAAAUGCAAGAUAUUUAUUAUUUCAGAAAAACUGGUUAAUAAUAAUAAUGGUUAAUGUAAUAUUUAAGCACAUUUUAUUUACAGCUGAUUAUCUUGAGCUUUCAGAUCAACAUUUUUCCAUUCCUAUCUUGUAAUAAAAUCAAGGGAAGUUUUCAUGAGAACUGCUUCAAAAUUUCUAACUAAACUAUCUUUGGAUCAGAAAUAACAUUUCUCCAUUUCAAUACAUUAUUUUAUGAGAAGUAUUUGCCUUAAAAUUCCAACCCAAAAUAAAACCCCAUCACCCAUGUGCCAAAAAAAUCCUUUUUUAAAAAAAUUGAAAUUCAAAUAGCCUAAGCUAAAAAAAUGUGGAUUUGAAACUCUUGACUUUGAAGAGUUGUUGUUUGAAUGUUUUAUGUCUCUGUUCUACUUGUGGGCUGUGGUGGCUUCUGGAAUUCAAUUUGAAUGGUGUUUUUUCCUCAGGGAUAAAGUUGAUAAUGACCAUGGGAAAUGCACUUUAACAAAGCAACUUCUCAGCAGAGCAGAUCCAGCACAAAGACCAUAUCUAAAAUUGAUGAAAUGUUUUGUCUGAAAUUCUGUAUUUCAUAAUAAAACAGUUCAAGCUUA